AUAUUUGAAUACAGGUAACCACGUUUUACCCUUAACUUCAUCUACACGUGAAGUAAAAGUGGAAAAAAUGACAGAAGCUUGAAUUUUUUCUUGAUUUUCAAUAAGAUGGCAAUAAAUGCAAAACUUAAAGAGGCUGGCUGGUACUUGACUCCCAAUGGCAUUGAGGAAUGCAGACCGGAUUCAGAUAGUGUGAAUGUCAACAAGAUCAUAGAGAUCGCAAAAGAUACUGAUUUAAAGGACAUAGGAGACAAAUGGUUGCCUGACGAUGUCAACAAAGGAAAAUGUGAAUAUGUCCAAGGUCCUGGGGUCCUUCAGAUUCAGAAGAUUCGCAAUGUAACAGCUCCAAAAGACAACGAGGAGUCCAAUUAUGCCCCGCGCAUGUUGAAGCUAGUUUUGACUGAUGGUCAGCUAACCUGCAAUGCCUUAGAAAUGGAAAAGUUGGAACGGAUCGGCCUUGACACAUGUCCUGGAAGCAAAAUAUAUUUGAAAGGGAAAGUGGAAGUAGAGCAUGGGUUCCUUAAGCUGUACAACAGAAAUGUGAACUUUGUAGGGGGGAGAGUGGACAAAAUUGCUGAUAACUGGGAAUUGAGAAAGAAAUUGUCACGGCAAGUGCGAUUGUUCAUUGGUUCUGAGGGAGGACCUCCAGCUUUCACUCCAUUCGGGCAGAAGACAAAGGAUAAAAAGCCCCCUGCUAUAAAAAAGGAGACCCAAAAUUUCAAGUCAUUGGAAACUCAACAAAAAGAAAAGAAAGCAGAGGAUGAUGAAUUUGAACAACAGAGAAAGGCAAUCAUUGCUGAAGCACUUCAAGCUAAAGAAGAGGGAAAAUCUCUUAACUUUGGAGGACAGAAACAGGUUGGCCAGGAUAAAGACAUUGCCAGAAUAGUAGAAAUGGGAUUUUCUGCUUCUCAAGCUAGCAGUGCAUUACAACAGAGCAAUGGAGAUGUCAAUCAAGCAAUAAAUGCAUUGCUGAGCAAUGAUGGAGACCUAAGGAGGGAGCAAGGGGGAAAUGUAAGGGGGCGAGAUAUCCCUACCCGGGACAACAGGAGAGAAAGAGGCGGAAGAGGUCAAAGAGGCAGAGAUAAUGGAGAGGAGGAGGAUGCAGCAAAACAGAGGCCUUCAGGACCGGCAACUCUUUUUGAUUUCUUAGAAACCAAAAUCAAACCUGAAAAAGACUCAAAAGAGAAAUCGAGGAAUAAUCCACCAUUACAAAGUUAUGAUAAUGCAAGUAAUAGAUCUGGUGAUAGCAGGACUUACGAUAACAAAAGAGAACCUCCCAACAAAUAUCAGGAUCGUCCUACAAGAAACGAAAGAAGUGACAAUAGGUAUAAUGACAGGAGGUCAGACUAUAAACAGAACGACCAACCGGAGAGGAAUUACAACAGGCAAAAAUAUGAUUCAGAAAGGACUAACAGAAACAACGACAGAGGGAGGUACUCUAAUGAGAAUAAAAGGGAGCAGGAAUCUUAUGCUGAGAAAUCUGACAGGUACGAGGCAGACAAGAGGAAAGACAGAGGACAACAGAAAGCUCAAGGAGACAGAAGAGGAAACAGUGAAAGAGGGGGAUAUAAUGAAAGAGGAGGAUAUAAUGAAAAAGGAUAUAAUGAAAGAGGAUACAAUGAAAAAGGAUAUAAUGAAAGAGGAUACAAUGAAAAAGGAUAUAAUGACAGAGGAUACAAUGACAGAGGAUACAAUGAAAGAGGAUACAAUGACAGGGGAUACAAUGAAAGAGGAUACAAUGAAAGAGGAGGGAGAGAGAACAAGACUCCAAGGGGAGAUAACUCAGACCAAUCAAAUAGUGUUGGAAACAGGCCGAAAACUGGGUAUCAAGACAGGAGGACGGGAAACCAACAGGACUACCAACAAAACAGACCCAAGUCAGAAAUGUCUGGGCGUGAUGCAAGGCAGAAAUCGUCGUAUGGUAAUCGGAAUUCUUCACAGAAUCAGCCUCCAACACAGGAGGACUUUGACUCCGGAAAUCAGUUUAACAGCAACCAGUUUUUUCAGUCUGCACAAUCAGUGCCCAAGUUUAACCCUGAUGUUCCACCUCCCCCACUUCUACAGCAAUACAACAACUUUGUGCCAAAUCAAGGGGCUUAUAAUGCAACAUGGAAAAGGGGAGACCGAUGUAUGGCCAAGUACUGGGAAGACAACAAGUUCUAUUCUGCUGUCGUGGAAAACAUUGAUCCCCGCUAUCCAACUGUGGUUGUGCACUUCUUGGAGUACGGCAAUUCAGAGGAGGUCAGUCUGAGCGAUGUUCGUCCGGAUCCACAGUUCAUGGGAUCAAUGGGCAAUCAGGGAUCCUCUUCACUACCUCAACAAAAGUAUCCCCCCAGGUCAGGGGAGGAUUCCAAAGUCCGAUCCAUGGAAUUCCGACGCCAGCGGUCGGAUCAGGGCGACAAGCAGCAGAAGUUAUACCAGCCUCCGAACCAUAAGCCAAUGUACUGAAGAAUUCUAUGUAAUAUGAUUAAUUUCUGUACAAUGAAAUGGUAUUUGUUAAGAACCAGAGCAGACUGAAUUGUGUCAAUUUUUUUGUAUAGAUUAACAAUAGCUGUGAGAAAAAUAUUACCUUUUGUAUGUGCAAUUUUAAAAAAUGUUACUUGUACAAAACUAUGUUUGACAUGGUAAAACCACCUGAGGAAAUAAACCCUUUUCAAAUACUGA